AUGGCGACAACAAGCAAGAAAAGCGACGCACCCACAAACCCCCGCGGCAUCCCCUUCGCCCCCUUCGUAGACAACGUCUCGGACUAUUGCACCACCCGCGCCGAAGUCGAACCAACCCUAAAAUCCUUCUCCGAAAUGAUCCAAAAGUACCAAUUCAUGGAAGUAAACACAUCACGCCGUGCCUCCGGUCUGCGCGAAAAGAUCCCCGAUAUUUCAAAGACGUUGGAUACGGUGCGGUUCUUGAAGAGCAGAGCAGACGAUGCCGAAGAGUUGGAGAGUUUUUUCGAAUUGAAUGAUACGUUGUAUGCAAAGGCCAAGGUGCCGAAGACGGAAGAAGUGUAUUUGUGGUUGGGUGCCAAUGUUAUGUUGGCGUAUCCGAUGGAGGAGGCAGAGGAGUUGUUGGAGGGUAAAUUGGAGGCUGCGAAGAGUGGAUUGGAGAAUGCAGAGGAGGAUAUGGAUUUCUUGAGGGAACAGAUUACCACACUCGAGGUCGCUACUGCUCGCGUCUACAACUGGGAUGUCGGUAUGCGCAGAAAGGACAAGGCCGAGGGCAAGACCUCCGAUUGA